UGAAGCAAAGCAAAGGCGCGGGACUAUGGCGGAGAGUUGGUGGGGCCCCUCUCUCGCUCUCAGUCUCAGUCUCAGUCUUCCCCAAUUUCCCUCCACCAGAGCUCCUCCUCCCAUGUCUACCCUCCCUUCCCUCAACCCCAACCCUAACCCUAAGCAUUGCCGCUCCUCCUCCACUCCCAACCCCUCCCCCGCCGCCGCCGCCCAGCCUUCUCUCCUCGUCUUCUCCGGCGGCACCGCCUUCAACGGCGUCGUCCAGGACCUCAUGAAUUUCACUACUCGCGUCGCGCACGUCCUUCCCGUCUCCGACGACGGCGGCAGCACCGCCGAGAUCGUCCGCGUCCUCGGUAAAUCUCAAUUGAACGUGCGGUCCAGAUGCUUGAGAUUGGCCGAUAAAAGCACCUCCGAGGCCGUCGCCGUCCGGCAGUUGCUUGGUCACCGUUUACCGCUGGAUCCACGCAGGGCCAAAUCGGAAUGGUAUGAUAUUGUGGAAGGAGAUCACUCCUUGUGGACAGGAGUGACGAAGCCUUACAGGGAAACCAUUCGAGCUUUUCUCGUUUAUUUUCAGAGUCAGAUUCUCCGUCGAUCUGAUGAAUCGUUUUGCUUCAGUAAUGGCAGCAUUGGGAAUUUCUUCUUUGCUGGAGCACAUGUCUUUUUUCGGUCUUUGGAUGCUGCAAUAUUUUUAUUUUCUCGAGUGUCAGAUAUCCCAUCAGAAAGUCUGGUUCUUCCAGUGAUUUCUACUAAUGACAGGCUUACAUUAGGAUGUGAAUUAUCGGAUGGAACUAUAAUACGAGGGCAGAAUGAAAUUUCCCAUCCAACCAAUGGAUAUAUGGCUCUUGUCAAUAAGGGAAGCUCUUCAGCUCCCGCACUCUCUUCGAGGAUUAAGAGGGUAUUCUACAUGUCAAGUGAGGGCCAAAACUUGCUUCAUGAGGUCUUCCCUGCUCCAAACUCAACUGUGAUUGAUCAGCUGCGUAAUGUGGAUUGCAUUGUUUAUGCCAUGGGUUCUCUCUUUACUUCUGUUUGCCCAUCACUGGUGUUGAUUGGCAUUGGCGAGAUUAUAUCUUCAAGGUCCUGCCCCAAGGUGCUUUUGUUAAAUGGUACUCAUGAUCGAGAGACCAGUGGCUUCUCAGCUUCUCUCUUUGUAACUGCUAUUACAGAUGCUCUGAAUCGAACAUACGGAGGUCCGAAUAACUGUCUCAAAAAUCUUCCCAGUCACUAUAUCAAUACUUUAUUGGUGCCCAAAGAUGGUGAGAUACCUGUUAAUGUUCAGUGCUUAGCUGAUCAAGGAAUAUUUGAAGUGAUCGUUGUUGACUCUGUCCAUGAUCCAAAAGUAGGCUUGGUGUUUGACCCCAAGUCCUUAAUACAAGCCCUUGAUGAUUUGAUAGGCAGACACAUGUCUACUAGUGUUAAGGUGGUCUAGAUGAUAAAAGUGCGGAAAUUUUGUUCAG